UCAAAUAUGUCCAACAAAUCCAUCAUGUCAAAUUUUCUGCUACUGGAAUUCUCACAGGUCCGAGAACUGCAGUUUCUACAUUUGAUUGCUUUUCUCACAGUAUACUUGGCCACAGUCACAGGAAACCUCCUGAUCAUCUUUUCAAUAGCUUUAAACCAUCACCUGCACACCCCCAUGUACUUAUUAUUGAUGAACUUGGCCAUUCAAGACAUUGGUCAAAUUUCAGUCACCGUCCCUAAAUCCAUGUUCAAUAUCCUCUUGAAUACCAGGCACAUUUCUUACUCAGGAUGUGUUGCUCAAGUCUUCUUCUUUUAUUCCUUUGUAGCAUCUGAUUUCUUUGUCCUGACAGUCAUGGCAUAUGACCGGUAUGUGGCCAUUUGCAAUCCAUUACAUUAUGAGAUGGUAAUAAAUAGAAAUGUGUGCAGGGACAUGAUUAUUGGUGUAUGGGUCACUGGUUUUCUGUAUGCUGGAUUGCACACCACUGGGACUUUUGCAACCCAUUUCUGUUCUAACAUUGUCAAUCAAUUUUUUUGUGAAAUCCCACAGCUCAUAAAAUUGACUUGUUCUGACCUAAAUCUCCUUGAAAUGACUGCUAUUGGGGUUGGAGUUGUCCUUGCGCUGGGCUGUUUUGUCUAUAUCCUUGUAACUUAUAUGCACAUUUUCACCACAGUGUUAAGAUUGCCUUCUACAAAGGGACGACAAAAGGCUUUCUCCACUUGCAUUCCCCAUCUGACUGUCUGCUCCACAUUUUUUUUCACUGCCUGCUUUGCCCAUCUUAAGCCUGUCUCUAACACUCCAUCACUGCUGGAUUUGGUAUUUGCUUUAAUUUAUUCCUUUGUGCCACCCAUGUUGAAUCCAGUGAUUUACAGUAUAAGAAACAAGGAGAUCAAAAAAGCCAUGGCAAAAGUUUUAGGUUUUAGGAACUUUUCCACAAACACCUGA